AUGCAGAUACUAGGCAAUCUUGUCCUGACUGGGUGGAUUACCAAGGACAACGAAGCCAAGGCUAGACGGGCAGCUGCGGGACCCUCGUCUUCAACUAGACAUGACCAACGACGCACCCUCAGUGGUUCAGUUGCUAGCUCUGAAGAAGGACUAGAUCCCCAAACAUUCUCCAGGCUUGAGAUCUUCGCCACUCCAUCGCGCCGUAUGACCGAGGCUGGCCCAUCUUAUCGUCAGGAGCGGGAAGCGGGGGAUGAAACUCCUCGUCCAUUCAAUGACAGCGAUCAAAGUCCUUGGACCCGGAGGCUUCUCAUCUUCCCCCCAGGCACAGCAAGGGAAGGUUUCCAUUUUGGCCAUCGAAACACAAAGUCCUCUCCAGGUAAUCUCACACCUUCGGGUGUUUAG